AUGAGGCUUUUGCACCAGUUGCUUUGUGCCGUGGUAGCGGUGGCUGCGUUUUCCUUGCCGUGUCAUGCAGAGGACAAGUGUGGGGGGAUUCCCGGGAUCCCUGGAACACCAGGAGCAAACGGGUUGCCUGGGAGAGAUGGAAGGGAUGGUAUGAAAGGAGACCCGGGACCGCCAGGUCCUGUGGGGCCUCCUAAUGGCUUGCCAGGUGCUGCUGGAAGAGAUGGACUUCCUGGUCCAGAAGGGGAAAAAGGGGAACCGGGCAAGAAGGGAGACAGAGGGGAACCUGGACCACAAGGUCUUCCAGCUUCUCUGGACCCUGAAGUGCAGAAAGCCCUCAGACAUCUGAAGCAGAAAAUCCUGCGACUUGAAGGAGUCCUUGCUUUGGAAGGAAUGAUAACUAAAGUGGGAGAUAAAAUACUUGCUACCGAUGGGAAGGAAGUGGAUUUUGAAACCACACGCCAAACGUGCCAAAAUGCUUGGGGUUCCAUUGCAACCCCCAAGAACGAAGCAGAGAAUGAAGCUAUUCUGGGUAUUGUGAAAGAGAGAAAUCGAUACGCUUAUCUGGGAAUGAAGGAAGGCCCUGUUCCAGGGGAUUUCCUUUAUUUGGACAGGUCACCUCUGAAUUAUACAAACUGGCGUCGGUACGAACCCAAUGGCAAAGGCGUGGAAAACUGUGUGGAGAUGUACACGGACGGCGGAUGGAAUGACAAGAAAUGCAACCAGUAUCGCCUCACCAUUUGCGAAUUCUAAAC